UUGACCACAGAUACAUUUCAUCAUGAUCUAUAAUUAACUGGGGCAAGACACAGAAUAAAAAGUGCAGAAGCAGAGGAUGGCAGUCAAACUGUUACAGGACUCUGCCACGUUCCUCUGGACCAAGAACUCUAGAAUGAACCUCUUCAUGUGUUGUUUCCUACUUUUUCCUGUUGGAAGUAUGGUGGUAACAACUCCAGUGAGAGAGACACUUGGAACAAUGACUGAAAAGAUGAUACCUGCAAAUACUACAGAUGUUCCCAAAGAUGCCGACAGCUACGAGAUCACUACUUCUUAUCCCACAGAGGAAAAUAAUGCAAAUGAAUCAAGAAAAGCUGAAGUGAAUGACAUGAGCAGCAGGCUGGUUCAGGACCACGGGAGUAAAGAGCUCAAUGAUCAACAGGCAAGCAGAGAAGUCACUGAUAUUAAUAGUAACAAGCGAAUAAUUGUGGAUGCUGGAGAACAACUGAGUGGCUUAAGUGGAGCCAAUGUGACUGGCAGCACUAGUCAGGGUAUGAAUCUCCAAAGUGUCUCAACUAAAAGAAGAGCUGAUGACCUGAACGGUGCUCUGAGUCCAGGCCGGGAUAGACGGCUGCGGGAUUGGGACAGUCCGGAGAACAACAGUGGGAAAUCUGCUCUUGUCGGCCAUGGCAGAAAUGCAGACUAUGAUGAAACCAGAGAAUUUUUCAGUUCAGAAAAUCCCGCAGGUAAUGUCUCACCCCAAAAUAACAAGUCCAGUUUGUCUAAGAGAGGAUCCUCAUGAUGAUCACACAUACAACAAUUCUUUUUCUUCAGAAUGAGUCACAAACUGCCAUCUGUUGACUCAGAGGAAGCAGACUGCCUGGAUCCACAUACAGAGGCUCCAGGGACUUUUUCAUCCUGAUUUAGAUUUUUAGAAUUAUUUUUGGCUAUAUGUUCAUGUAAACGAAUGUAUGAAAAGAAGACAGUUUGGACAUAUCUACACUGGGCUUUUUACUAUUAUAGACAGAUAAGUUAAAUACAGUUUCUGAUGUUUGACUGUGAAAAUGAAAUUGUUCACUACAAUGAAUA